AUGCCGCAGUUCAGCGACAUCUGGCUACCAUGCCUGAUUCUGCUUGUCUUUUGGGCUCGCCCCACCGCAGCUUUUGGUGCGGGCAACAUCGCAAGCCUGAGCUCCAUUGAGGGACAGAACUGGCGCCAUGGGGAUAUUGAGGAUACCCUUCUUACACUGCUCAUCAGCGGUCACACUGGUAAGAAAUUCAGCAAGAUGGAUGUCAAGCGUGUCUACUUUGGCAACUGGCUGCGCGACUACUCGCAAGCAGUCGAUGUGGGCACUGUCAAGAUGGUCUCAGCAGAGGCGAUUCGCAUCCUACUAUGGAUUCUUGGCUUUAUGAGCUUCGGAUACGGCACCAAGGAGUUCGAGGUUACCCGUGACCGUCUCGGCUGCUACAGGCCGGAGGAGCACAUCGACAAUCCCAAGGACUAUGCUGACAACAUCGACGCCCGCGACUACGAUCGCCGUCUACGAGCUCCUGUUGACGAACGCCGUGAGCUCAGUGUCGAUGAGGAGACCGGCCUGAAGAACUACAUUGCCUCGGAAAAUUUGGGCAUCACAACAUCGGCUGGCAUGGUCCGCGACCUGCUUACACGUUGUAUUGACUUGGGCCAGCGCUCUGGAGGACGAGGUCCCGACUUUUACGAGGCUCUGCGUCUUCUCGGUACCGCCACACACUGCCUAGAGGACUACGCUGCCCACUCCAACUACGUUGAACUUGCCUUGAUUGAGAUUGGUGAGCAUGGUAUUUUCCCCCAUGUAGGUACGAAUGCUCGCUUCUACGUCGCGCAAGCCAGAAAGGAGGUCUACCCCAUCGUCACCGGUACCUUUGGUGGUGUCGAUUUCUUGCACUCUGUAUGUGGAGAGAUUACGGACAAAGCUACUCAAUCCGAGCUCCAGGAGCUUGAAGGUGCCAUCUCCAACGCCGACAGGAGCAAAAACAAGAGCAAAAUCAAGGAGCUCCUCGAAAAGCUCCCAGAGGGCAUCUUUGGUGGUAAAGACGAGGCAAGCAAGGCUGAUGAGCUCGAAAACAAUGCCAACGCUGCAGCCAUGGGCAAUAUGCGCAUCACUCCCAAGGAGCCAGAGGAAUUCACUCAACAGAUUGGGGAACUAGUCAAGCAAAUCUAUCCAAUUAUGGAGUUCCACGAUGAGAUCAUGCAAUCUAUUUCUGAAUUCAUCGAAAAGAUUCCCAUCCUGCCGGACCUAAUUGAGGAAGUCCAGAACCAAGUCACCAUCUUUGUCUUCAGUCUGCUUGCUCCCUAUGUUUUGCCCAUUCUCAGCCAAGUCAAGAGUGAGCUUGAAGUGGGCUCGACCGAGGUCAUUGCAAGCUCUCGCGACAAGCAGCACAUCGUCUUCAAUGACGACGACUGCACUGAUCCCACUCACAGUAUGCUUUCCAAGGAUCACUUCUCCAAUGUCCUCAACGAGCCUGCUGGACGAGUAGCUUCGGCAACGAUUGCAUGGGCCGUACCACAAAUUGUCCAGUGCUGGGAUGGUCAAGCACACCCUAGCCAGACUAUUGACACCAUCAUUGAAGGCGUGUUCCACCACCCUGCUUGUGUCGAUCAGGAGCCGAAGACAAAGGCGAUGGAAGGCCGUGCGAUCAUGUACAAUACUGUCAAAAAGUGGUGGGAUUCCAAAGAUGAACAAGCAAAGACCGAAUUCCGCUAUCAGCUCAGCCGCGAGGGUGUAGAAAAGGGCAAGAACCACAAGGAAAAUAUUUAUGACAAGGGGCACGGUUGCGGUAAGCCUCUAGGUAUGGCCAAUAACUUUGGCCCAGCAAGCAGCAAGACGGGCACCAAUGCACAGAUCCAACAAGCUUCCGAUCAUGUGGGCAAGCUUGCAGGUGAAGCUGUUGGUGGUGGCGCCCUCGGCGGCCUUGUUGGAGGGCUUGUUGGUGGCAUCGGAGGCUCUAUCCUCGGAAACGCUUUCAAUGAGCAGGAGAGGAAGAGCCGCAAAGAAGAGAGUUAUGGGAAUGACGGCUCCUACACUCAGUCGUACUCGGAGACGGGGCACCACCAGGCGUCUUCAUAUGGUGACAGCGAUCGCUACGGAAGUGCCCAGUAUCAGCAGACCCAGUACCCAGGCGGUGGGCGCCGGGAGGAGUACUCUCGUGAAGAACGAGACGACCGUGGUGGAUCGUACAGCUACCAGCAAACGGUUGAGACCUCAAGCUAUAGUGGAUCUGGCGGAUACGAGCGUCAUGAAGAGCGUCGUGUUCAGCAAGGGAGUGAAUGGCGUUCUGAAGAAUCGCGUGAGGGUUUCGACCGAUCGGGACAAUACUAUUCCGAAGAGAAAGAGCGACGCGGUAAGUCCAAGAAGCAUGACAACGAUGACUCCAACGACUCGGGCGACGGAGAUUCUUAUGAGAAGCGCAUGAAAAAAGAACGCAAGCAGCGUGAAAAGGAAGAAAAGAAGCACCACAAGCACCAUAAACACCACAAAUACGGUAGUCGUUCUGGAGACUCGGACGACGAUGCUGACAAGCGUCGAUCAGGUUCGGGAGAAUAUAAGCGUCGCUCCCGCUCUCGUUCUCGCGAGCACGAGCGCCGCCGUGAAAAGAGCGGCAGUCGCUCGCCCAAGCGUUAUUCGGGUGGCCACAGCCAGGAACAGCACUAUGGUGAGGAAUCAGGAUAUGGUCGCCGACAGCAAGACUACGGCCGUGAAGAAUCAUACAGUUCUGGCGGGUAUGGUCGUCAAGAAGAAUCAGGCUACGGUCGUCAGGAAGAGUCGGGCUAUGGCCGUGAGGAGUAUUCUCGCUAUGGCAAUGAAUCUUCUGGUGGGUACGGCCGUUCCGAAGGCCUUGAGUAUGGUGGCGAGCGCCCUGGGAGAUCAUAUGGCGCUUCCGGUGUGCCUGGAGGCUUCAGUGGAGAUGAGGAUGAAUAUGGCCAGAGGAGACAAGAGUAUGGCUCAGGCAGGUCUGGUGGUCAAUACGGUGGCUCCGGUGGAUAUGAGGAUGAGGGUUAUAGAAGGCGAUACUAA